AUGACGUCCCGCGAAGAAACCGUCCUAGCUCCCAUCGAUCCCUCUAUCACUGAUGAGAACGAUUGGUGGGAGUUUGGCCUAACCGAUGUGAAGGUCCUAAAGCCUGGGAAGAUGCUAUAUGCGAAUCUACUGGAUGCUACUGAACAGAACCCAGUACAAGUGAUCGGCUGCUUAGAGCCACUGCGAGAGGAUCAGGAACACUUAGUACUCAACCCGGACAACCCCCCUAAGCGCAUUAUUAUUGACGAAGUCACACACUAUGCCUACGGCCAAACUGAAGAUAAGAGCAUCGAGCUCUGGGUUGCUGGUAAGGCGGGCUGGUACGACAUCAUCUCGCCCGCCAAGGGUUUCACACCCACAUACAAUCGCAUGGUCCAGGCCAUUGACAUGCUGUAUUUCCUGGUUGAUAAGCACCAGCAAGGGAAGAAACAGAUCAAUCCCUCAUUUAGGAGUCUCUGCGAACAAUACACUUACCACACAUAUGGCUCAUGUGAGACUCGAGAACAGUCAGCUGAGGCCUUUGCGACACACGCUACUUUCUUGCUUCGCUGCAUGAUCCAAGGUGAUGCAGAUGUGGACUGGAAGAAGACAAAUAUCUUCGUCCAUCUGCGUCGCCAAUUUCAUGAUGACUAUAAUAGACUCAUGGAGGAGCUUUCGCCCUCCGAGGAAAGCGAAACUGAACCCGAAGACACACCAGAAGUAGCAACUCCUCGACAUCAGCCUGCGGCAAUUUCGAAAUCACAAGCUGAUGCCAUCUAUCAAUUGCUCAAGGACCUCAGAGCAGAAGGCCACUUGGCAAAGCGUCGCCUGCAUAUUGACCUCCUAGGAGAACGCUUAGCAGAACGGUUCUCUUUCAGCAACGAAGAUGCCCAGAAAAUCAUUGCGAUCCGGGCAAGUGCCGUGAUAGAAUUGAUGGAUGAAGAGGACUUUAGAUGGCCUCGCUAUGUCAUCCAUAGAGAACUCACACAUGCAUCCACGAAAUCCGCCCCUCUGCCAGCUUCACUUCUAACCCCCUUGGAUUCACAGGAAGAAUCCAGUGAUGAUGAACGAUACGGUCGGACUCAGAAGUCUGUGCUACGUCCAAAAGUACACACAGUCUCCAAUAAAGUGACCGGCAAGCGAAACCGUAAUGCCUCCACAAACCAACAGACAGUCGAAUCCAACGACGAGGAAGACCAAGAGGACACCGAGGAAAUCGACGAUUUCGAAAACGAGAUCGAAACACCUAGCAAAAUCCGCGGCCAUGAAUUAAUCAGAGAUCCGUUCACAGCCACAAAGCCUCGGACUCGUUCGUUCUUGUCAGCCUCCUCGAGCGUCGCCGGCCCCUCUCUUAUGAAGAGCCUGUUUAAAGACAAUAUCAAAAAAGACAAACUUCAAACUCCUCCUGUAUCUUCGUCGCCAUCACGCCAAAAGCUUCAGACUCCGGAGCGGGAUCAAACUCCAGAUACGUCCGUUGAAACCGAAGAACUCAUCGAUGAGAUAUCUGGUACUUGGACAUGUCGCAUGCCCGGAUGUGAGAGGUUGAUUUCGACUACGGACAGAACUGAGCGCAAGAAGCUUGUUGGGGACCAUGCCGGAGAGCACGAGUGGGAGAUGCAGAUGAAGGUCGAGCUGAUGGAAUCGGAGAAACGCAUGCAUUCUUCCUUCCCUGUCACCAACCUCAUGCAGUACGUCGUUGACGCGCAUGUGCUGCAAAUGCGUGCUGCAUUCCCGGAGUUCUAUCCUGCAAGUAAAGAAAAUGACACGCCUCUGAAUGGUGAAUACCUGAACGGAGAUACAUCUGUUCCAGAGACAGAGGGAUUAGAAGAGGAGAAUGACGAGGAUGAAGAGGAUGAUGAAGAUGAAGAGCUUGAGGAUCUUGUGAAUGGCUACACAUGA